UUGUGGUAUUGAAUUUUGGGGUUGUGUUGUGUGAAUAAGUCCUUCCUUUUGUUUUUCUGAACCCAAUGCAAAUUAAUAUUAUUGGGUGACCCACAGUUACGAGAAAGAGAUCAGAGGAAUGUAUCUCUGGGCAAGCCAUGCUAUUCAUAAUUCUAUAAGCCUCUCAUGUCUGCCUCUCCCUUAGCAAUAACAUUCAGAUCAAGGGCUAUUACAUAUGUCCUUUUGCUCUUAACAAGCCGCCUUUACUCAUGAUGAAUCUUUUUUUAAAAUACAUGGCGUUUUAAAAAAAUGUCAGCAGGAAAAUCUAACAGAAAACGGAUAUUGCAGCACAUAACAGAAGGGAAGUUGUUUCCUUUUCUAGAUGCUGAAUGUGAAGUGUUACAUAGUGGCAUGUUUAAAUUGGGAAGACCAGGAACCCCCAGCCUGGCCUGCCUCCACCAUACAUUCUUUGAUAGCCUUGAUGGUGUGUCCCUGCUGUGGAACCCCUUGAUAUGUUUCUGCUAGUCCUUCAGUGUCCAAGCAGCCAUCAACACCUGGCUAAAAAAAAAAAGGAUAGCUUCAGCAAUAAUGUAAUUUGGCCACAAUGAUUGUGCCCAACAAUAAUAGUUAUAGGGAUUGCCAAGACUGAAGACCCCAACUGAGUUUCUUUUAAGGAGGCAACUGUAUUUGAGUUGCCUCAGAUCUUUUGAAAUUAAAGCACCUAUUUGAAGGAUGCAUGCAAUUUGCAAAUAUAACUUGCAACUUGUCCUCUAGGUUUUGGUAUAGUUGAUCUCCAGUCCUGUUACCUGUUUAAAUUCUGAUAACCCACCCUUCAUAUUUUGUUGUUCAAAUUUUCAGUUUAAAAACUGCUGAAACCUUGAAGCCUAACUUCCCUACAAUGCAUCAUCAGAUUAUGCAACCUUUAUAUAUAACCAUGCCCAAACAUCUAUUUUUGUUUAUUGCUGUCCAUACGGAGAUUAUCUUCUUAGCUCUGUAAUGCACAGGUAUGCACCUUUAGAUUUGCUGACGCCUAAAGUCCUGUGAAUAAAAGCAUCCAGGGGAGUAUUAAACUUUUGUCCUGCAAAGCUACCAGACUAUCCACAGACUGUCUAAGGGAAACGUUGCAGCGCAUCUGCUACCAUCCACAAUGGCUCAAAAAACUGUGCUCAUCACAGGUUGCUCCUCAGGAAUUGGGCUGGCGUUGGCUGUAAAAAUGGCCACUGAUGAACAGAAACGAUUCAAAGUUUAUGCUACAAUGCGGGAUCUGGCCAAACAGGAUAAACUGAUAGAAGCUGCAGGCAAUACUGUUGGAAACAUCUUAGAGAUUAAACAGCUGGAUGUGUGCAGUGAAGAAUCUAUUAAAAUGUGUGUCAGUAGCAUCCCAGGAAGACGGAUUGAUAUCCUAGUUAGCAAUGCCGGCAUGGGACUCGUUGGACCUAUUGAAUGCCAGACCAUCAAAGAGAUGCAAAACGUGAUGGAUACAAACUUCUUUGGGUUGGUCCGACUGCUGAAGGAGAUUUUUCCCGACAUGAAGAAGAGAAAAAGUGGCCAUAUUGUGAUUAUUAGCAGUGUCAUGGGAGUACAAGGGAUUUUGUUCAAUGAUGUUUAUGCUGCAUCUAAAUUUGCGGUGGAAGGAUUCUGUGAAAGUUUAGCCAUACAAGCGCUCAAGUUUAAAGUUAAUCUAAGUUUAAUAGAACCAGGGCCUGUAGUUACAGAGUUUGAAAGAAAAGUGUUUGAAGAUGGGAUGAACAUGGAUCUUUCAGCUGCAGAUAAAGAAACAGCAGACAUGUUUGUAAAUAUUUACCUGAAAAAUUACAAGCAAAUUUUCCAGACCCUGGGACAAACAGCUGAAGAGAUAGCAGAGCAUACAGUGAAGAUAAUUCUGGCCGAAAAUCCUCCUUUUCGCCACCAGACCAACACAUUAUACACUCCAAUUACAACACUGAAAUACGCCGAUCCAAAUGGAGACCUGCCUAUUGAUACCUUCUAAAAUGCGAGUCUUAACUUCAUUAAAAUGCUGCGGUGGAAAAGCAGAAAAAGCUUUGACUUGGGAGAAGGAAGAUCCUCCCAAUGAGCAAAUGGGUGGUUUCAGCUGCCAUGUGGGCUAUUUCACACACUUCCAUGUUUCCUAUAUGGAAAUGCUUUCUGUGUGGGGUGGGAGAUAUUUGAAAUAGCCCUGACUGAAGCUAGAGUCCUAUACACAAUCCUUACUUGGGGGCAAGCCCAACUGAAGUUGGUGGGGCUUACUUCUGAGGACAUCCACAUAUUUAUGCUGUGAAACUGAUUGUCUUCAGGUGGAGCACAAUAGAGGUAUUAUGUUCUGAGAUGUUACCCCACCCAAAUACAUUGGUUCUGAUCCCUAGCCCCUCCUUAGCCUGGCAGCUCCUGUUCUGAACAUAAAUGUACUAUUCUGACCACCUCAAUGUUUUUCCAACACACAUACUUUCAUUUACCUGAAAAAUUAGGUAGGAGUAAUGUGAAAUUUAUUGAAAGAACAAAUAGCGCUUUUGUGUAAAUGAUCUGCCUAAGGGCAACAUAUACCACUUUAGGGUAGCAAUGGGUGUGUACAUGUUGUACUUUUAAUGUUUCCCCAUGUGGGGGGGAUUUACAUGGAAAAGUAGCAUGUCAGGGGAAAUGGUUUAUCAUGCCUCACAGUCUCCCUAACAGACUAUUUUUCUAUGUGAAAUGGUUUCUGUGUUUUAAUUAGAGAAGUAUUCAAAGAAAAGCUUUACAAUUUACACAUAAGAAGAGCUCAGCUGGAUCAGAUCAAGUUCCAACAUGCUGUUCCAGAGCUGUCAAGGCAGCUUAUCCAGAGGAAGGAUGAAGCUACCAAAAAGAAGAAGUUAAAAGCCCCCAAGCACACAUAGUAAGCAACUUUAAAUAAAGCCUUUUGGAUCCUAACAUACCUUUUACCUGCUUACUACAUAUAACCCUCUCAUGCACAGCAAACUACAUUGCUCUCCGUCUCAUAUGCUUUGCUCCAACUGAUUUUCAGUUUCUUCUUUCAAGCUUCUCUCCUACUCUAUCCUAAAUAUACCUUCCACACAACAUACCAUAUUCUCAUCUCUUUGUGAGGAUUUUCUAGAUGCUGCCUCUACAGAAAGUACAACUUACUGUUUGCUGGUGGCACUUAUAAUAAAGGUCAAUUCACAUAACAAACUUCUUAGCUAUUUUGGAAUUGGUAUGUACCCAGGAUCCUAACUGUAUAUAAUUUACUGUGUAUAUGUAAAAUGGGUAGAAGACAAAUUGCUUCAGCAGAGAUUGCAAGAAAUGUUGUAGUGGUUUGUAACCUAAUCCAGCUGUAUUCACACAUUUUAAAAGCAUUUACAUGUUACUUGUGGCAUCAGAAUGUGGCUAGAAAUGUACAUUCAACUGAAAGAGAUGUAAUGUACUCUUGAACGUCUGAAGAAGUGUGCAUGCACACGAAAGCUCAUACCAGUGACAAACUUAGUUGGUCUCUAAGAUGCUACUGGAAGGAUUUUUUAUUAUUUUUUUUCGACUGCGGCAGACCAACACGACUACCUACCUGUAACUAGGUUUCACCUGUGAUUCUUGAUGCAGUGUUUUUUUCAUGUGGCUUUCCUUAAACUGGAUUUAGAAUAAUCUUAUCCACCAAGUUAAUAAAUAUCAAAUGUAACCAUUUUUGUACUGAAGACAUUUAUGCUUUUGAAAUAUUUCUAAUUGUUAAUAGUUAUUAGAUUAUUAAUCCUGAAUAAAUUAGCAUUCAGAAGGAAAAACAGCUGGCGAGCUGGCAAUGUAUGUACCAAACAUGUAAACUGUGUUGCACAGUGCAGUGUAUGGGCUUAUAAUUCAAGGAAGAAAACUGUUUGCACUGCUAGCUCUAAAAGAA